AUGGAGCACCAUCCCAUAGAGACAAAUGACAAGGCUUCCAUUGCCGAAGUAGAGGUUGCGAAGCAAGGUCUCUCGGCUCGGGCUCGCUCAACGGUAGCCCACUAUGUGCCUUCUACCGAGGAGGAACAGGCCCUUGAUCGUCAAGUCAAUCUAAAAUUUGAUUUCUGUAUCAUUCUAAUUCUGUCAUUGGGGUUCAUCCUCUUGGGAAUUGACAAAACAAAUGUUGGAUUCGUUGCCACUAGCAAUUUUGUGGAAGAGGCUCACCUCAAAUCCAGCGAUAUUGCGAAUUCCGUUUCUUUGUUCUCCGCAACUUAUGUUCCUCUCCAACCGAUAUCCAGUAUGAUCGGCCGGCGAGUGGGAGCAAAAUGGUGGAUGGGAGCCCUAAUGAUAUCUUGGGGCUGCAUCUGCAUCGCGCAUAUCGCUAUCAGGAACUCGACAACCUUUCUCGCGUUGCGUCUUUUACUAGGUGUCGCUGAAGCCGGUUUCACUCCUACUGCUUUCUAUUACAUGUCGGCUUUCUACCCGAAGUUCUCCCUUGGCUUUCGCAUGGGACUCUUUUCGGGGAUGUACUCUAUCGCGGGAGCUUUCGCGGGCCUUCUUGCGUAUGGCAUACUCCACCUCGAGACAUCAAUGCUACAGGGAUGGCAAAUGCUGUUCCUCAUUGAGGGAGUACUUACAGUGUUCGUGGCUAUAAUAGCUCUUACAUUACUUCCAACAGACGUAACCCAUGUAUGGUUUCUUACCAAGAAGGAGAGAGCCCAUGCCGUGCAUCGGAUGGAGCGAGAUUUCCAAACGUUUGCCGACACAGACACGCAAGAAUUUGGCUCACGUGCCGAUAGCCUUGUCCACGGUGCCGAAUCACCUUUUGCUGGUGCAAAUGACAGUAACUUGUGGCAGGAUAUUCAAGAUGUCUUAAAAGACUGGAGAAAGCUGCUCAUCAUUGUCUGCAACAUUCUAAGCGUACUGCCUGUUACUGGGUUCACCACGUUCUUGCCUCUCAUCGUCGCGGGAAUGGGAUACAGCGGCAUCAAAGCCACCCUAAUGUCCGUUCCACCUUUCAUUUCCGGAACCGCUGGACUUAUUGUAAUUGUCCUUUUAUCCGACCAUCUCAAGGAACGCAGUCUUUUGAUAGUGAUAGGCAUGGCCCUGGGGCUAAUAGGUUGUUUGGUUAUGGCAACUUCAUCAAAUCCACAGCUGCGAUACGGAUUUGCGCAUGUCUGUCUUUCGGGGGUAUUUGCUGGAGGGCCCCUAGUUGCAGUGUGGCUUACGGGCAAUACUCCAUGCAAGAGUACAAGGGCUUUUAUUCUUGGCCUUAAUGGGUGGUCUAACAUUGCUGGUGUCAUUGCUGGACAACUAUUCAAAUCGAAAUAUGCGCCCUCUUAUCGUUAUCCUUUGAUUGUUACCAUGAUUCUGAUCGCAGUCGGUAUGCUUGGAUUUUGUCUCGUGAGGGCUUUGUACAUGGUAGAGAACCGCCGUCGUCGUAAAGAGAUGGCAGAAUGGGACGAAGCCAGGUUUGCGCUAGAGGGGUCGAGUAUUGAGAGGCGAGGGGACCAGCGACUUACUUGGAUCUACAGUUACUAA